AAGGAAGUGGACAACCAAAAUAGCCGAGCUUUCAACGCCCUCUUGCGUUGUAAAUAAUAGUCUAUAGUCUAUACUAUAACGCACUGGUUGGAAAGAGUGGCAUUUUAUGUCACGUCACAGUUAAACGCGCAUUUUGCGAAGACAUAUUUCUAAAUAAUGCGGCGUUAGCCCAAAGUUUCUCGAAAACCGCCGCAAUGGUUUGGUCACACGGUCAGCUGGAGUAGGUGGGGUCACAAAGAGCCAAGAUGGCUGACUUUGAGGAGCCGCUGUCAGAUGAUGAGAAGGUCCGCAUAGCGGCCAACUUUGUGACUCAUGCCCCGCCGGGAGAGUUCAACGAGGUCUUCAAUGAUGUGCGGCUUCUCCUCAAUAAUGACAACCUCCUUCGGGAGGGGGCUUCACACUCCUUUGCCCAGUACAACAUGGAUCAGUUCACUCCUGCCAAACUAGAGGGCUGCGAUGAGCCGGUCCUGAUUACAGAGCAUGGCGACUUGGGUCAGGGACGUUUCCUGGACCCCCGCAACCAUUUGUCGUUCCGCUUUGAUCAACUAAGAAAAGAGGUAAGCGACGUGCAGCCGUAUGAAGGAGAUGUGCCCCUCAGAAGCUGGAGAGACGCCUGCGAUACUGCCCUCUGUGCCUACGUCAAAGAGCACUACCCCACUGGAGUUUGCACAGUAUAUGGGAAAACGGUCGAUGGUCAACAAACUAUCAUAGCCUGCAUUGAGGGGCAUCAGUUUCAACCCAAAAACUUCUGGAACGGUCGCUGUAGGUCAGAGUGGAAGCUUACCAUUGGUCAGUCCACUGCUCAGGUGGUGGGAGUGUUGAAAAUCCAGGUGCACUAUUAUGAAGAUGGAAACGUGCAGCUGGUUAGCCAUAAGGAGGUGGAAGAAUCAAUACCAGUGACUAAUGAAAGCCAGACAGCCAAGGAAUUUGUUGACAUCAUUGAGAAUGCUGAAAAUGACUACCAGACUGCAAUCAGUGAGAACUACCAGACCAUGUCUGACACCACUUUUAAGGCCCUGCGUCGCCAGCUGCCCGUCACACGCACCAAGAUCGACUGGAAUAAGAUCCUCAGUUACAAAAUCGGCAAAGAGAUGCAGAAUGCCUAGCGGAAGGUCAGGGACUGACCAGGGAGAUGCACGCUCCACUUGUCCCACCAACCCACCUAUAAGUGAUGCAAGGACUAACCAAAGCAAACCUUUGUCAGUAUGGGGCAAGUAAUUAUUAAAAAAAAAAAAACUAACAAAAAAAUAAGUAAUAACUGAAGAUUUGCAGACUGUUAGGCACAGGAAUCUGUAUCCGGUAAAGACAUUGCAGUAUGGAGAUAGUACAAGGUUCAGAGAAAAUGGUUACUUCUGGAUGUGUGUUGUGAAAGAGUUCAGUGUGCGGGUCAGUGUGCAGGGCUAUGCUCAGGACUGCUACGAUAAAGGGGGUAAAUCUUUCUCCGUCAAUGGAAUUACGGGCCUCCCUAGAUUCGGGUGUCAGAGGUUACAAUACUUUUUAUCUUUGCCAACUGUUGCAGAGCUGUGAUCAUGUCACCGUGGAGAAGCUCAGCACACAGGGACGAAAACCAGAACUGCACAAGUUAGUUGAUGAGAGAAAUUAAGCACAUCAUUACAUAUCAGGGUUUGAGUUUGGGACGGAAAAAAAUAUUUCUGUAGACGUUUUUUUUGUUGCAUCAGUGAAAUCGGGACAUUUGCACGAAAAAUUAAUAGCAGUCAUCUAACAUUUUUACUGGUACUGACAAGUGUCAAUUUCAUCAGCGGCAUAGAACCAUUUUUACUCGUCGUUAACAUUUAGGAGUAGCACGAUUCUCAGCAUAGCUCUGUGCCUGCACUGUAGAUCUGUAUGUUUGUCUGUGUCUUUCAGGACGGAAGGGAAGUUUACUUGCCGUCUGUUGUGCGUCACUGAUGUAUGUCUCCACCAAUGCGAGCGAAGUUGACUGAAAUGGCGAUAGAGCACCUUUUACGCUGCUGUAUCUCUAACGCAUUCUCUGGUCUCUUGCUUUGGCAACACCACCACCACUGCUGUACAGCUUUUCCUUUGUGAAAGGAAAACAUACUCAUAACAACCAAGAUUUAUUUGCCAAAAUCUCUUUCCUAUGGUAAAGAACUCCAACCUCCCACCCAUGUAUGCAAAUUUCUAUUUUAAUAUGCUGUUUUUUUUGUUGGAGUCUUAGAAUAUUGCACUCUUCACUGUGAGGAACUGUGUAUUGGUCAAUGCCAAGUUGAAUGCAAAGCAGUUGCCGUAUAAGGCAAGAUCAUAUACUGUAUAUGUUACAUGACUUCUGGAAGGCUACAUCAUACUGUAUGUGUUACAUAACUUCUGAGUAGACUGACUCUGGAUCAGUUACACGUUAUCUAGACUGUGCUGUGUUCAACCCUCACACUAUACGACAACUGUGUGCCGAUCAGUUAUUAAGUUCAAGACUGUACUGCCCCAUUCUGUUGUGCAAAUAAAUGGAUUGAACAUC